AGCAUGUAUGAAGAGUUGCAUGACAGAGUCUUUAAGGUACGUGGGCAUUCUGUGUCAAGCACAUUAGAAGAAUCAGCUAUAAGAAUCAGCUAAACUCAAUUAUGGACACCCAGAAUUACCCGAAAAAUCGGACAAGGAACUAAUUGGAAGAAUAUUGCCAGACAUAGAAGAAGUGGAACACGUUCUUCUGCAACAAUCAUUGACUCAGAUGACUAAAACAUCAGCAGUAAAAUGACAGAUCCUGGUGCUUUUUGAUUCUCUGGUGGAUCUUAUUUCUUGGACAUUGCUAUUGACAUUUCUCUUAUUCUGUUUAAUACAUCUUGAAUCUGUACAUAAAAAUAUAACUGGACAGUUGCGUUUUGGUACUGUUUAACACCUUUGAAUGUUAAAUCAUUUGCCAAGAUGAGUGCUGAAGGAUAUCAGUACAGAGCUUUAUAUGACUACAAGAAAGAGCGAGAAGAAGACAUUGACUUGCACUUAGGAGAUAUAUUAACUGUGAAUAAAGGUACCUUACUAGCACUUGGAUUCAGUGAAGGAGAAGAAGCAAAGCCUGAGGAAAUUGGUUGGUUAAACGGCUUUAAUGAAACCACAGGGGAGAGGGGGGAUUUUCCGGGAACUUAUGUAGAGUACAUUGGAAGAAAGAAAAUAUCUCCCCCAACUCCAAAGCCUCGUCCUCCUCGACCUCUCCCUGUAGCGCCGAGUCCUGCAAAAGUUGAAGCAGAGAGUGAGCAACAAGCUGUUUCCCUUCCAGAUCUUACCGAGCAGUUUUCACCUCCUGAUGUUGCUCCUCCAAUCCUCAUCAAGAUAGUGGAGACGAUUGAAAAGAAAGGUCUGGAUUGUCCAACUUUAUAUGGAACGCAAGGCUCAAGCAGCUCUGCAGAAUUAAGACAAAUUCUUGAAAGUGAUGUUUCUUCUUUAGAUUUAGAGACAUUUGAUGUGCACAGUUUAUCAGAUGCUCUCAAGAGGUAUCUCCUGGACCUGCCCAAUCCUAUCAUUCCAGCAGCUGUUUACAGUGACAUGAUUUCUGCAGCUCAAGAAGUGCAGAGCUCAGAGGAAUAUGCUCAGUUGCUGAAGAAACUCAUCAGAUCUCCAAAUAUACCUCCCCAGUAUUGGCUCACACUCCAAUAUUUGCUCAAACAUUUCCUCAGACUUUGUCAAGCCUCCAGCAAAAAUCUCUUGAAUGCAAGGUCUCUAGCUGAAAUUUUCAGCCCUCUGCUUUUCAAAUUCCAGAUAGCAAGCUCUGACAAUACCGAACACCACAUAAAAAUCUUAGAGGUUUUAAUCACAAGUGAAUGGAAUGAGAGGCAGCCUGUACCAGCACUGCCUCCUAAGCCACCAAAACCUAAUACUGUGACUAACAACGGUAUGAAUAACAACAUGUCAUUACAAGAUGCUGAAUGGUACUGGGGAGAUAUCUCAAGGGAAGAAGUCAAUGAGAAGCUUCGAGAUACUGCUGAUGGUACCUUUUUGGUACGAGAUGCUUCAACAAAAAUGCAUGGGGACUAUACCCUUACACUAAGGAAAGGAGGAAAUAACAAAUUGAUCAAAAUAUUUCACCGAGAUGGGAAAUACGGCUUUUCUGACCCCUUAACUUUCAACUCUGUGGUCGAGCUAAUAAACCACUACCGGAAUGAAUCUCUAGCCCAGUAUAAUCCUAAGCUGGAUGUAAAAUUACUGUAUCCAGUAUCUAAGUACCAGCAGGAUCAAGUAGUAAAAGAAGAUAGCAUUGAAGCAGUGGGAAAGAAAUUACAUGAAUACAAUACCCAAUUCCAAGAAAAAAGCCGAGAAUAUGACAGACUCUAUGAAGACUACACAAGAACAUCUCAGGAAAUUCAAAUGAAAAGAACAGCUAUUGAAGCAUUUAAUGAAACAAUAAAAAUAUUUGAAGAGCAGUGCCAGACACAAGAAAGAUACAGUAAGGAAUACAUUGAAAAAUUUAAACGUGAAGGAAAUGAGAAGGAAAUACAAAGAAUUAUGCACAACUAUGAAAAGUUGAAGUCUCGAAUAAGUGAAAUUGUGGACAGCCGACGUAGAUUAGAAGAGGAUUUGAAGAAGCAAGCAGCUGAAUAUAGAGAGAUAGACAAGCGUAUGAACAGCAUCAAGCCAGAUCUGAUACAGCUGAGGAAAACAAGAGACCAGUAUUUAAUGUGGCUGACUCAAAAAGGUGUUCGGCAGAAGAAGCUUAAUGAAUGGCUGGGCAAUGAAAAUACAGAAGACCAAUACUCCAUGGUAGAAGACGACGAGGACUUGCCCCAUCAUGACGAGAGAACAUGGAACGUGGGGAAUAUCAAUAGAAGCCAAGCUGAAAACCUGCUGCGAGGAAAGCGAGAUGGAACAUUUCUUGUGCGAGAGAGCAGCAAGCAAGGCUGCUAUGCUUGCUCUGUUGUGGUGGAUGGAGAGGUAAAGCACUGUGUGAUAAACAAAACACCUACUGGGUAUGGAUUUGCAGAGCCAUAUAACUUGUACAACUCGCUCAAAGAACUGGUGCUACAUUAUCAACACACGUCGCUUGUGCAGCACAAUGACUCUCUCAAUGUCACACUAGCCUACCCAGUAUAUGCACAGCAGAGGCGAUGAAGAUCUUAAUACUCUGGGCUGUUUGUUUUUUUUUCUAAAGAAAAGAUUUGACAACAUUGAGGCCUCUGGAGAGAGAAGGCUCCUUUCAGCCUUACCCGAGAAUUUGAGCUGCAGUAUCAAAGCUGUCUGUCUUCAGAUGGGACUAGAGCUUUUCUUCACAACUGCAGUGGGAGAGAUCACAGUAUUAAGCUGUGAGCGUAUGUUUCUAAUCUGAAGUGCUUUCUUUUGAUUAAGAAAAGAAGAACACCAGAGAGCGAAAUCCUAACCUGAUCUCCCUGCAGAGACAUAGAGGCCUUUAACCAUGGUGCUUGUUUACGACCACUUCUGAAGCUUUACCAGCCAGAAUGUUGGAUUCUGCAGACCGCAGGUGUCAGAGGUCUUUGCGAGCCGGUUAUCGGAAUUUCCUGGUCACGACCUGGUUUGGAUUUGGUGUUGCUGCACUCGGGGGAUCCAGACACACAGCGUUGCGGAUUUUUGGGAUCCUGGAGAAAGAUAUGUAGCAGAACGGCACUUUCAUUUCUAACGGACACUUUAAAAGGACUUCAGUUACAGUAGGUUGUUCAGAGGAAUUGUAAGAGCAAAGUGCCAGGAGGUGUUUUGUUUAGACGUUUAAAAACCCUGUUUUAAGAAAAUAUUUAAGACUGAAGAAAACAGGACUUUCAAUGGCAUACAGUAUAUAAUAAUGUAAAUAGUAUUGGAUGACUAGCUAUCAUUGAUGGAAACUAUCAAUACCAAACUGCUUCUCUCUCCCCUUUUCGGUUUGCUGAAAGCUGACUCCUUUGACCGUGCUAUGCAAUACUCAGUUUUCGUUCAGCUUUGGUCUUGUCUCAAGCAUAUCUACAGGUUAAGCUUGGUUUUUGUUCUUCUUUCGUUGCCUCCUCCUUCUUUCUUUCAUUCUUUUGCCUGAGAAUAUAUUUCCUGAUAAUAAUUUUUGUUACUCAUUUUUUGUUUCUUUUUUUUAAGAAAUGUACAGGAAGCCAACAAGAGUUGGCUUCAGAAUUAAAACUAUGAAAUAUUUUACCAUUUUCUUUGUAUAGAAUAUUGAGCUACUAGCUCAAAGUUUAAAAAGUUCAUAAUUUUUUUUUUUUGACUAAAUAUUUUGUUGGGCAGUGCCUGAUAAGCUUCAAAGCUGCUUUAUUCAAUAAAAGUAUAUGAACAUUACAAAUUAUCAAUGAGUCCAACAAUAUUGUUUCAGAGAUAUCUUUAGAAUACGGUACCGUGCUAUGUUUGCUUCCUGAAGCAUUUUGAACUUCUGUCUUGAUUGUCUUUGUAUUUGGAAGAAGAAAAGUUGUAUCUCCUUCUCUGAUAAAGACUGCAGGAAAAAAAAAAAAGGAAAAUUUGGCUAUGAGGGGAGUUUGAAUUUUGAAUGAAUCCACUCUUCAUAGUAAAUAAAUGACAUCUUGACCUACUGUGGCAGAAUUUUUGUUAGCAUGUCGAGAUAUUUUCAUUUCAUAUGAAGGAAGUUUCUCUAAAGUAUUGCCUAGCAUUUUUUAUUGUAUUGGUGUUGUGGAAAAAAAAAUCUCACCUGUGCUCAGAACAAUUGGAUGCAACGUAGAGCUAAUUAAAGUGGGAAAACCUAUGUUUUAAAUAUUGGGCUCUCAUAAAAAACAUUUUGGAUUUUUUUUUUAAUAAGUUUAUGGACUAAGGCAGUAUCAAAGCCAGUAUUUGUACAGUUCAGCACCAAAGACUUGUAGAAUGGUAGUUUUGUUAAAGGAAACAACUACAUGAAUCCCACUAACCCCAACUGAUUAAGAAUUCUG